UACUUGCAAACCUGAGCGCGCGUCACAAUCAUCAAGAAGUAAAAAGUUGAAUACGUAUGGUACGCGAUUUUUGUUCCGGUACUAUUUGCUGCUGGUGCUGCUGCCCGAAAGUGUUUUCGUACUUUUGGUGAAUGUUUUAGUGGAUAGUACUCUUGGAUUUUUUUUAAUACAUUUUAUGGAGUUUACCCUUUACGUCAGAUAAUGGACGCGGACAGCAGUUAUGGCGGUAGUGACACAACUCAAGAUUCUAACGUAGGACUUCACGAACACCAUUCGAUCAACGAAAAAUCAAACGGAAGUGAAGACAAUCCUCAACAUGGAAACAUCACCACCGCCGUUCACGUUAUAUCACUAGUAGGAGGAUCGAAUGAAGAAACUCCGGAUAACACGUAUUACCACAAAAACGAAAUCACAUUACCCGUCAAUGGUAAUGGCGAUGAUCAAACCGAUUUCCAAAAUAGUAAUAAUUCAAAGUUACCACAUUACUUAGCGACGGCAAAUCUUAAUAUUAACGAGUCAUUAGAACAUCACAGUAAUUUAGAAGAAAUGAAUAGGAAUUAUAAGAGUAGUCACAAAUUAUCUCCAGAAAGUUCGCAGCUUCAUUCUUCUGGACCGAAUGGAAUAGACAAUCCGGCGUUUGUCGAAGAUAAUAGAAGUACGUUUCACAAUGAUAAGAAGCCAUACAAGAACGAAUUAGAUGUUAAUUCAUUGACUUCCAACGACGAAUAUUUAACGGAAGCCGUUAAUUUAGAGUUAAUAAAUUUGAAACCUUCCUCUGGGAUUCAUAAUGGCAUUAAGGAACCAUGCGAAAGUAAUAAUAGUAAAAAUUUAACAAGUAUUCCUAUUAAAAAAGACGAUGAUGACGGAAGGAGUCCGUAUGAUGAGUAUUUCGUUCCUGUUAACGAACAUAGGAAGUAUAUAAGAGGCGAGAAAUUGUACCUCACUAGAGACAGUAGAGCAGAAAAAACAAAAAGCAAAUGUAUCUGUUGGACAAUCGUCAUUUGCAUAGUAGCCACGGCAGUUAUACUAGGAAUACUAGCGGCAGUUGGAGCUUUAGGAAACCAAGGACAGUUACCACAACCUGUCGAAGUCACUGGUAGAAAUUUCCAAAACGACAACGAUAUUGUCAAAGCCGGUAUCAACGCACCCACAUUUUCCUCGUCUUCCCAAUCAUCCGAACCACCUGUCGAUACGUUUAUUGAUUCACCUACUGAUCCCCCUACUGAUUUUCCUACUAAUCAUUCUACUGAUCCUCCUUCUAAUCCUCUUACUGAUCCUUCUUCUAAUCCUAUUACUGAUCCUCCUACUGAUCCACCUACUAAUAAACCAGAUGAUUUAUACCAUCCGUUUUCUCAUCAUCCGGCCUUGUGGCCUGUUGAAUCUGCUCCAUCAUCCACUGAAACGUCUACAAAUCUACCGUCUAGUAGUUCACCCGUUUCUGUUACACCUGAUCCGUUUGUUGCAAUUAUCGGGUCUAGUGAUGCACCUUCAACUAAUUCAUCUGUUAAUGAGGUCACCAAUUCAUCUGUUAGCGAGAUCACCGAUUCAUCUGUUAGUGAGGUAUCUAGCUCUGAAGCGUCUCUUAGAUUUGUUGAGCCCAUCUCGCCGGUUGGUGCGGAAGAAGACACAGCAACUGUUCCGAAUGUAUUGGAUUUAGAUUUAACGAUUGACAACAUGGAUUACAAAAUUGAUCUAUCUGAUCCUGAGAGUUCCGAGUAUAAAGCGCUGUCAUCUUCAGUGGAGCAAUUGCUGAAAGAAAAUGUUCUGGAUCAAAUAGCGCCUUUGGAUGAUAAAUCGUCUGAUAUUCAAAUAAGAGUGUUUGAAUUUUCGCCCGGUAGUGUAAUAGUGAGAACCAGGAUCAGCUGGAACCGUGACAGUAACGCCCCAUUGUCCGGCAUAAACGAAACGUUGAUCCAAGAGAAAAUAAAGGAAUUUUUACGAACAAAUACAGGUCUGCUCGGAAACUACCACAUCGAUCAAAACAAAAUGGCUUUCCGCAAAAUACCUGAUGCUUGCUUGGAAACCAACAACGGAUGCGAACAUUUGUGCUUUUUCGAUUACAACCAUUUGAAUUUCACUUGUACGUGUCCAGAUAAUAAAAAGUUGAUGCGAGAUCAGAAACAUUGCGAAUUAAAUGACGCUGUUGAAAAAUUGCAGGAGCAGUGGAUGAAUCCUGGCGAUAAAGCAGCAAUUCCCGAAUACAGAAAUUUCUAUCAACACGGCGAAUCUGACAAGUAUUCGGAAUAUACACAAGAAACACCCGAAUCGACCACUGUGCCUUUAAAUAAUUUAUCGGAAGUCCUCCAAAAUCACACUGAACCUACUCCGGUACCAGAACCAGAACCUGAGCCAUCUACGGAACCUGAAAUAUUCCAACGACCUCCGUCCUCUUCGGAAGAAAGAUCUUUUAAACAAAUCUUAAGUCAACCAGCGAUAUUAAAUGACGAAAGCUUUACGAUGAUGAAUCCUGUUAAUUCUGAAUCUGAGUCUAGUGCGGAAGAUGAUCAAGAUAAAGUUCUAGAAAUGAUUUCUGGCACGUUACUAGAUCCAACAACAGAUUCGUCAGAAAUCGUUCACAAUAAUGACGCAAGAGAGGAUAAAUCCCCGGAAAUAACGAAACAAGAUUUCUAUUACGACGUUCUGAGAGAACAGUUAAACAGAUACGAACAGUUGAACGCCGACAAGGAGAGAACGACGAAACCAAAUAACGAAUAUGGCUUGGGAAGAGUAUUUACUCCGAUAGCAGAGGUGUUUACGCCAGCUCCCGUUUCAACCACGCAACUAUCUGACGUUUAUACGGCUCGUCCAACACCAAAACCAGAAUUGCAUUACCACACAGAAAAAACCCAAAUGCAGAUGGAAACAUCAAUGGAAUCUGAACCCAUGGUCCACGACGAGCACAUGUCUCCGUUCCUACCCGACAUAGACAACGAUACUUUCGUGAACUCUUUACAUUCCGAGGAACAUCUCACGGACCAUAAUUUCGAAAUUCACGAAAACACGAGCGUACCGGUCCCGGUUCCGGUAACCAAACCGCCAUCUUUGGAGUUCGAUCAAAUCAACAGGACCAAUCCGUUCGAUAAUUUCACUUCGGAUUCGAUGGAACAUUUCGACGUCAAACCAGAAGUUGUUAUCAUUAUCGAUGAUAAGGAUGAUAACGUAAAGACUGAAUCACCUACUACGACUGAAGAGAGUACUACUUUAGAAAUCACGACUGAAGAUAUCGCAUUGAACAAAAACGAAGUAACACCUUUAAACAACACUCAGUUAUUUAAUAACUUUAACGACACUCAUAUUACUGAAAUUUUAUCUACCACCAACGAAAAUGAUAAUGAUGGUACUACAGAAAACAUUGUGGACAUCACCAACAGUUUAGAUAAUGAAAACAAUUCUAUAGAAAACAUAAAAGAUGUAACAGAGACUAUACAAAAUACAACUGAAAUGAUUCAUAUAACAGAAAAGAUACAAAAUGAUACAAACAGUUUACAACAAGGAAUGAUAAUUUUGGAAGAAAAUAUACAAAAUACAACUGAUAAUAUUAUGCAAAAUAUAACAGAAAAUAUACAAAAUACAACAACGGAAAAUAUACAAAAUACAACGGAUAAUAUUAUGCAAAAUGUAACAAAAAAUAUACAAAAUACAACGGAUAAUAUUAUUCAAAAUGUAACAGAAAAUACACAAAAUACAACAACAGAAAAUAUACAAAAUACAACGGAUAAUAUGCAAAAUGUAACAGAAAAUAUACAAAAUACAACAGAAAUUAUACAAAUUGCAACAGAUAAUAUACAAAAUGCGACAGCAGAAAAUAUACAAAAUAGAACAGAAAACAUACAAAAUAUAACAACAGAAACUAUAAAUACAGUAACCGAUAAAACAUAUCCUGAUAUAAUCAGUAAAAUAGAGGAUGAUUCUACAAUUACAGACGAUCUGAAAAUCGAAGGUCUAAAUGCUGAAACAACCACAAUGAUCCUGCCUGAACAAUUAUCGACCACCAUUCCAGAUAGCCAAAAUAUUCUUACUGAAUUAACAAAUAUAGAAACGACCACCGAAAUUGAACAUUCAACGAAUUCUUCAAACAUCAAUACAAACUUUAAAGACAUAACGACCAGCACAGAAGAUUUAAUAGCGUUAGAGACUACAACUAAUACAGACGGUAAUAGUUCAAAUGAAAUCCUCGAUAACGAAAUAAAAGGGAGCAAUGUAACAGAAAUACAGGCAGACAUCUUAGAAACCCUUAGGACAUCAGUUAAUGUUACAAAAGAUAACGUAACUGAGGAGACAAGUACGACUCUGGAUCCUCAACAGUAUGAAGUUAAAGAAAGUACCGAUGACUUAACAACAACGGAAAAAUUGUUCGUUACACACAGACCUAGUACUGAAAAACCGGAAGUUCAAGAAAAUGGUUUUGAACUCAAACCUAAUACAGAAGAACCAAAACAACUUCAAGACGAACCUGAAGAAGAUCUUUCAAUAGAACCACUAGAAACAUAUACCACAGAGGAAAAUAAUAGAAUCAACUUCGAAAGUAAUGAAAUAGAUAACGAUAUAUUUGCCAUCAAAAAUAAUUCUGUAGAGAAACCUGUGACUGAGGACUUCGUGUUGCCUAAAGUUAGUCGAUGUAAUCCAGGGCAGUUCCAGUGUCUGAAUGGGACAUCUGUGAAAGAUGGAAGUUACUGCAUCGAUAUCGGUGACAGGUGUGAUUCAAUUUUUGAUUGUAGCGAUGGUUCGGAUGAGACGAAUUGCGUCGAGCAGGGUUGUCCUAAUAAUUUCAAGUGUGCAGGUAACCAAUGUCUAAAAAGGCACCUGGUUUGCGAUGGUAUCCAAAAUUGUAAUGAUGGCAGCGACGAAAUAAAUUGUGGAAAUUGGACAUGCAACUCUGACGAAUUUUCCUGCGGCCCAUCAAAUCGCUGCAUCUCCCUUAAGUGGAAGUGCGACAGCAGACAAAACUGCCCCGAUGGAUCAGACGAAAACGACUGCAUUCGACUCGGACCGUGCUCCGAUAAUUUUUUCAAAAUGUACCGAAGACAACCAACUGCUUACCAGUAUCUUGGAGAUGCGACGGACACCGAGAUUGUUCUAAUUCGGAAGAUGAGGAUGAAGAAAUGUGCACCCUCUUAUCCCUUAUACAAAAAAUCUCAUAUAAUUAAAGCCGUUUUAACUGAUUUUCAGACAAAGUUUUCGAGUUUUGGUUUCACAAAUGAUGCCGUUUUGCUAAAACUACAAAAACCGAUAAACGUAAAUUUAAAUGUCAGCGCUGUUUGUCUACCAAAAGACGAAAUCGUGCCCAGACAACUUUGCAUAGUAGCCGGAUGGGGUAUUAACAAACCAGGAGAACCGUCGAUGCAGCAAUACCUUCACUACUUACCAGUACCUUUAAUAGAUACGCAAGAAUGUAAUUCUACCAAACAUUAUAAUGGAAAAAUUAGUUCUGAUAAAAUAUGUGCUGGGUAUACUGACGCCGAAAAAUCACCAUGUUUCGAUGAUGAAGGAGCGCCAUUGAUGUGUUUUUCCGAUAAAACGGCCACGUGGGAAUUACACGGCCUGCUCAGUCAUCACGGAGAUUGCGGUUCAAACAAACAUCCAGCCGUUUACACGGUGAUUAGUACGAAAUUAAAAUCUUGGAUGACCAGUACGAUAGGAAAACAAGCCCUGUCAUCCUUAUAGACUUUCAAUUAUUUUAGAACACGUAGUGUCGAUGACUAAAAAUCAUUUUUAAAGUGUUUUUUCUACAAAUACUAUUAAAAGUAGGCGUGUUAAUGUUUGCUGACAGAGUCAAAAGUGCUAGCAAGGUCGAAGAAGGUGGAGUACCACAGGGAAGAUUUGUAGGGCAUCUUCUUUUAUUGUAUACCUUAAUGGUGUUGAAUUAUUUCUUCUCUCAUUCAAUUAAAGUUUAGAUCAUAGAUCACAAAUAAUUUACGCCUGAUAUAGGUAGUAUAAUUUCUUUCGUUCCUUAAUAGCAUUUGUAGAAAAAUAGGACAUAUGUGUAAAACUAUAUAAAUUUUAUUUUGUUAGGUACAAAAUAAAAUUGAUAUUUUUAACAAUAAUAUCAUAAAUAAUUGUUGCCAGUUUCCAAAUGAUUUUAAAAAACUAUUAUCAGAAUAAUUUUGAGACAAACUGAAUAUAUAUUUUUUUUAAAUGGCUCGUGUUGAUAUAUUUGUAGAUAAAGAAAGC